UGAACCACUUCCUACUUCCGCAAACACGGCUCUGUGCAGCUUCCCUGUUUAUCGGGCUGAUCAAUGCGGCGGUUUUCUUCUGCCUUUCGUGUCUUUUGCUCUGUUUAAUAUUUCCAACUGUUCCGACAUUUAUGACUGAUUGAUUAGCACCAUGACGGCCAACAGCCGCUGCUCCGCCGCGGAGCCUCCGGGCCUGGAGACCCAACGGCGGGAGAUCGAGUCUCUGCUGCGGGAGUGUGAGCUUCGCGCUGGGGACACUUGGUACGUGGUGGAGCGCCGUUGGUAUGAACAGUGGAAGGAGUUUGUGGAGAACGGAGACCAGAACUCGUCGUCCUUCCCCGGUCAGAUUGACAACACUGAGCUGUUCGAGGAUCUGGACUCGUACCACCUGAAGGAGCGUCUGGUGGAGAACGAGGACUUCAUGUUGGUGCCGGCUGAGGCCUGGCACAAGCUGCUGGCCUGGUACGGCAUGGUGGAGGGCCAGCCGCCGCUAGAGCGCAAGGUGGUGGACCUGCCCAGCACGCUGAAGGUGGAGGUUUACCCCGUUGAGAUCUUCCUCUGUCUUCAUUGCAACAUGGAGAACGUCAUCACCGCACAGUUCAGCCGCACCGACAGCAUACAGUCGAUCCAGAGGGCGAUGUGCGAGGCCUUCUCGGUGCCUCCGGGCUCAGAGUGUCGUCUGUGGAUGAAGAGUUCGGACAGCAGCUGCGAGCGUCUCAGGAACAUCCACGUGAGCGUGUUGGACGCCUGUUUGAGCUCAGGGAUGACGGUGAUUAUGGAGACGAGGAAUGCCGACGGCACCUGGCCGAGCUCCAGACCUCAGAUCAUGACCGAGCGUAGCCGUCUGCAACUCAAGUAGUUUGGA